AUGUCUGCUUCAAAACGACUGAAACCAUCAAGAACGAUCACAAGUGAAAGCUUGUUGGAUGAGCGCAUGUCUUCGCCGGCUAUAGGUCCACUCGAUAUUCCAAGCAUACAAACCGAAUAUGUGGUACCGCUGCAUCUAGAAGCUAAUGGCAAACCUGUCAGACAGAAAGGAUUGGGAGAUGUCUUGGUCAUUUCGGGAGGAAGCGGAUAUAAUGAGCUUGUCGGUGCAACUCCCGGUGCAACAUUUGUGAUGCCAAUCAGUGAUGAUGGCGGCUCAUCUUCUGAGAUCAUACGUGUUUUAGGUGGUCCUUCCAUUGGAGAUUUACGAUCCAGGCUCGUUCGUCUGAUUCCAACUUCCUCAAGCUACCACGGCGAAAAGCCACCUGCUUCGAACGAUGCUUUACAUGCGCUGUUAUCGUACAGAUUACCAGUUACGGGAAAAUCUCGUGAUAUCAAACAAGAAUGGAUGGAUAUACUAGAAGGUCGUCAUAAGCUAUGGCGAGGAAUAGAAUCCGAGCGGAAAGAAUGCAUACGUGGUUUUCUGGUGUAUUUCGAAUCGGAAAUCCUGCGAAGGGUACAUAGAAACUUUUCCUUUAGAGGUGCUUCUAUUGGAAACUUUUUCCUUGCUGCCGCACAGAAAUUCUUUCGUUCAAUUCAAAGUGCCAUCUUUUUGUUCAGUGCAACAGCUUUGAUUCCGCUUUCUGGCGGAAAGGUUUUACCGGUCAUCAAUACCAAUCAUACAGCCACGAUUGCUGCAGUGUUGCAGGAUGGACAAGUGAUUGUCGGUCAAUGCGAAAUCUCUCAUCCUGCUAAACGGGAAGCAAAGAAUGCCGAUGAACACCAACGAUUGAGUAGGCGGAAAGCAUAUCUUUCUGGAACGCAUACCCCAUCUUCGCAGAUAUUUGACCCUUUUUCAACGGCCGCAAGUUCUUCUUCGCGCCUUACGGUAGGCAAUGUAGGAGACGGUCUCGAUCCCGGCAGUGAGAGUGACGUGGAUGGAGAAGAUGAAGACGAUGAGAACAGUGACGGGAAUACUGGUGGAAGAGGCUCGCUCACAUCGACAAGCCUGCAAGAGCCUAUACCCAAACGGCAAAAGCGGGUCAACAAUAUCGUAUUCUCAAAGAUGGAGCAUUCCACGUCAACCAACAAUACAGGUUCCGAACAUGCACCUUCGGAUAAGCUGCCGUCAAAAAUCUCACGAUUGUUCUAUGUGAAUGCAUACGGAAAUGAAGUUGAUCCAGCGCCAAAUCCCGAGUAUUUGACCAGGCUGAACCAAUGUCAAACGGUAUUGUAUUCAUGUGGAAGUUUAUGGACAAGUAUCGUUCCGUGUAUUGCAUUAAGAGGUGUAGCAACUGCCAUCUCCACAUCCGUUAAUUUGCAAUACAAAAUCUUGCUGCUAAACACAACACAUGAUCGAGAAACAUCUGGGUUAGAAGCAAUGGAUUUCGUAAAAGUUUUGACGGAAUCUAUGCGACAUUGUGAUCAAUUGGAUUCUUUACCGGUCUCAAAAGUGGUUACACAUAUAAUUUAUAGCCCACAAGGUCGUAUUCCGAUCAACGUUGAGCAAAUGCAGAGAGAAGGCAUUCAAUGCGUUCCUGUUGAUUUGCCAUCCGCUCAAUUACGAUUUGAAGAGGAAAGUGUAAAAGCUGCUCUGCAAAAGAUUGCAGGCGAUGUAUAG